AUGGAGUCGCUGGCGAACGCGGUGAUGACGACGAUCCCGCCGAACGCGAUCGAUCGUCAGCGCGUGUGCGAGGUGAUCGCGCGCGCGGAGAGCGCGCGAUUGGGUGGACGGAAUCGAGACGCGGCGAGGAUGUUGAUCGACGUCGGGAGCGCGUUGUAUCGGUUGCAGGCGGAUCAGGCGAUCGCGGUGGCGGAACAGGCGUUUCAGGGGGCGGUGAUGUACGCGCGAAUGGUGGACGCUGAGACGCCGGAGUACAUGAAGUGCGCGACUGAGGGGUCGAAUUCGGAGUUGGGAGACGCGUACACGCUCUUGGCGAAUUGCGAACGGGCGCUCGGGAAGAUGCAAGACGCGGAGGGACACUACAAGGCGGCGGCAAAGGCGGUGGAGGACGACGGGUUAGAGGCGUACGCGAAUAAGUUCGUGCAUAGGGUGAUGGUGUGUCGAUUGAAGAAGGAUUUCGAGCGGCAUGGACAGCUGUGCGACGCGUGGGAAGAGACUAUUCGCAAGGCGGCGGCGGACGGGGUGGAGAGCGAUAGCGCGCUCUUGGCGGCGACUGGAAUCUGCCUCAUGGAGCGCGCGGGAGGACUCGCGGAUCAGGGCAAGUUCACAGAAGCGGUGGAACUGAGAAGUGGGAAGUUUUUAGAGACUAUCAUACGCAUGCAGGCACACGGUUUGCGCACGAAGCCGGACGUCUUACUGCCGAACGUGUACGAUUCCAUCGCCGCUCUGCAUCUCAAGGCAAAGAAUAAGAAGAAGGCGCUUGACUUUCUUCGCAAGGCUGUCGUAUCCACCGCCUGCACGGAGGGCUUCAGGGACAAGUGCUUACCCGAAGGUGAGGCGCGCGGCAUACGAUGCGCGAGCACCUGGGAUGACGUGCGCUGGCACCCAUCGCUCCUCGUGUCUAAGAAAGGUGCAGAGUCGGACGAGGUGGAUGUCGUACCGAAGCGACCGUGGGAGAUGACCAAGGAGGAAAAUGCCAUGCUUGAUCAAAUAUACGCCGCAGGUGAAAAUUGGGCGCUAAAGAAGGGGAAAAAGGGCGGACCACCGCCCGAGCGAGGAGCGACACCACUCGGUCACAUUUUGUACACGCUCGCCAACCAAUACGCACAGGCAGAGAUGUGGCCCGAAGCCGUGCGUCCCUUGAUCGCGGGCGCUUACAUGUUCCAAAACGACGUGGACAUGCAGGGUGACUGCUUCCACUUGCUCGGUAUCGCGCACUUUCACGAGGCGGGUCACAGUCCGGAAAAGAAAAAGGAGAUUUUGCCUCUCGCGGCAAACGCCUUUGCCCUUGCCGCUGAUACGAGAAUCACGGACGGGAAGACGACACAAAAGGGGGCCACUGAGGCAAUCAACUCUCUCUUAUUCCUCGGCCGAUGCAUGUUCGAGCUCAACGAAUUUGGCCAGGCGGAAGCCGUCACAGCGCAGGCCAUCUCGCUCGGCCGACAGGUGCUCGGAGACAACGCGAAGUCCACCGCCGAGGCGAUUCGAGCGAUGAUGGAGCUCAAGAAAGCAAUGUCGACGCGAUAG